AUGAACACCCUACCCACAGCGCCGCCAGCAGCUGCAAAUGGCCAGCAGCCCGCCAAGAAGAAACGCCCACGUCCCAAAGAAGGCCCUCUGCGCGCGCCUCGUCGACCGCUUGCAAAGAUUACGCGCCCUCUCGUCUCUCUAGCGCAGAUGAACGAGACAAACAAGCCCGCUGACGCUGCUGCCGGCGGGAUCACGUCGAUGGUUGCGCUCCGCCAUGAGUAUCAACAGGCCGGGGCAACCAGCUUCCCUCUUGUUGUCACCCGGCGCGAUCUGAACGAGCUGCGGCACCACGUCAUGCGACUUCAGAACAAGACGCCCGUCGACGUCCAGGACCCGAACCAGUUCGCUACGCCCAUCCGCCUUCACCGCCGCGAUCCUCGUGCGCCUCCCAGUGGAGCAGGCUCUCACUUUGAGGAGGAAGAUACAAAGGAAGAUUUGGAGGAGACUAAGGAGCGUGAAAGGAUCGAGCAGCAACGAGAGGAGCGCCGCAAGAUUCGAGAGGAGAACCAGGCCAAGAUUGCGCCGACAGGCAAAUCGAAGCCCCAGGCUUUUCAGAAGAAGACGGAGCAGAAGUACCGGCCAGACGACACACCAGAGGCCAAGAAGCGCCAGCUGCUGCGCUACGAGGAGACUUUGCCGUGGCAUCUCGAAGAUUUUGAGAACAGGCAGACGUGGGUUGGCACAUACGAAUCAGAGCUUUCCGAGACGCACGUUAUGCUGUCACAGAACUCGCAAGGCCAUAUUCAGAUGGCGCCCAUCGAGCGCUGGUACAGGUUCAACGUCAAAGGCAAGGUGAAGCCCACGGGCGACGACACGGACAAGGUCAUGUUCAAGGUUGAGCGCGUGCCUGGCUUCCUCAGGAACGUCGAACAGCGCGUCGCGGCGCGAGAGAAGGAGGAACACCAGCUACGAGGCCGAAACAUGAUGAGCACGCGAGUGGGCGGUGGUGCAGAUGACGAAGGCCGCAUUCGUGCAGUGCGCAACGACGAAGGCUACGUCAAACGCGAGGCUGACGCAGACGACAUUGAUUUCAACUUGGAAGAAGACUUUGCUGACGACGAGGAGGGCCUCAACGGACUGUUUGAGGGUGACGAGGUUGACGUCAAGGAAGCUGCUGACAAGCUGAAGCGGGACCAGCUAGCUGCGUCGCUUUGGGACCGCGAUGAGAAGAGGAUACAGGCAGAGGCAGAGCGCGAGGAGAUGGAGUCGGAGAUGGCCAAGGAACUCGAGAAGGGCUUGAGGAAGACGCUUGUGAAGCGUGGGAAGCUUUACGACUACGCCGAAAGCGACAUGUCUGAAGAGUCGGAGACGGAUAGCGAAACGGAGCGGCAGCGUGCUAAGGAAGAGGAAGAGAAGAAGACGGCCGAGGCGAAGGCUGCAGAGACGGGCAACGGUCCGUCUGGGACGUCGAGCAAAGGCACCAACACGCCUGUUGGGUCAGGCACUCCGUCUGGGUCUCACAAGCCGGUGGACAAGCUCAAGUCGAAGAAACGCCCCAACUCUGAGAUGUCCGAGGCCAGCGGCAACGAGUCGACGCGGAUCAAGAAGAAGAAGAAGAACAAGCUCAACGUUGUGCUGGGCAGCGGGUCGCCGACGGCAUCUGCAAGCACGAGUCGGGCUGGCAGUCCUGCACCGAUGUCUCCUGGAGGAGGAGGUGGAGGUGGGCAGGCCAAGCUGCCGACGGCCAGGGAGAUUUAUGAUUCGCUCCCGGGCGAGGGCAUGGGGAUUCAGUCUCUGAUUGGCAUGUUCAAGGGUCGGGUGGACAAGGACAACUCCAAGGCGUUCAUCUCGAUUGUCAAGGCGGUGUCGAGCUUCGACAACGUGAGGAAGUGGCUCACGCCGCUGCCGCAGAUGCCGAGCGAGGAGAGCAUCCACGAGAAGCUCAACAAGAAGCAGUAG